AUGACCAGCGCCGUGGAAAUCACAAUCAUGGAGAUAAUCUCGGUCAGUAUCCGGAAGAGGAUGACUCAUUUGGAGACGGGUAUCCUUUUGGUCGACCCAGAAGACGAUCGCAACCAUAUCCUACCAAUGAGGGAUCUUACGCCGACGACAGGGAAGAGUGCCAGUGAUGAGCUUCAACAUCAUGUGCAGUCACUACCUCGAGGAAGUGGUGGAUCUGGAAGCCCAUGUAGCACUUUGCAACUUUUGGCUAAAGUGAAAUCAUCACCGAUAUUUGAUCGAUGUCACGGUAAUCAGUAUCUCUUGAGAAUUCCUUAUCAGAUGUACAACGUGAAGGGAGAAUUGCGAUACAUUGUGCAAGAUCCACCUAAUCUUGAACAAUGCUAUUUAGAAGCAUCUUGCAGCAUUCCAAGUGACGUUUGUAGGAAUUAUGGCUAUCCCUAUGGACGACGUGGCAACCUGAAUGGUGUAUGCGAAUCAAGACACUGUCACCAUACCCUGUUAGCAUGGAAUCCAUCAUCUCCUGAUGCUGGAACAUUCUUUGACAUCUUUGAAUAUUCCUGCUGCUGUAACUGUCACUACACUACCAACACACAAACGAACCGACCACAAAUUAAUGGAUGAUGAUUGCAUCUAUAAUAUUAUAGAUCACUAAAUAGGAUAUAAUUCCUUAAAUAGGACAUUUUUAUUGUAUUUUGAUUAGAUGUUAUGUAUUAUUUUGUAUUUAGAUUGGGUAGAAUAUGGUUAUCGAAUUUACAGAAAGAAAGUAAUUAGUUUAGAUAUCUCUGCAGUUUAGCAAACAGGAAAU